UUUUUAAUUUAGUUGUGUCUCAUCCUCCAAGCUCGCGUGGUAGGGACAGAAAAUGCAACUGUUUGUGUGCAUAUCUCAUGAAUGCAAAUUGAAAUAGUUUCUGUUAUAUGCAGUAAAACCAAGCAGACCGUUCCAUGAAUUUGACGAGGGUGAGACAAGUUUCAGUUCCGGUGAUUCAGGCAUUCGCUUGUGAGAAGGACUCAGAAGCAAUGCGACGACGUAGAGUGCUCAGAAAGUUUGAUAAAGAGUUAGCAAACCGAAAUUACAAAGCUGCUAACUCUCUGUUGAAGCAAUUACAGCACAUGCCCCGAGCCCUACUUGGCUUCGGUUCUGCCAAAUUGGUGCCUAAAAUAAUACCAGCAAUCAAUACACAACAACUAUCUAUGGUUGAUUCAUCGUCUUUUGAAUCUUUAGUUGACACAAUUAUGUGUUCAAUCAAAUAUAGCAUCAAGUUUGCUAUAUCAGAUGAGGAGGUCUUAUUAUCGGGAAUGGAAGAUGCUAUGGGGAGUGAAACCAAUAAUUCCCCUUAUGAAGAUCAUCAAAUGUGUUUGCAACAUGAGGUGGGGCAUUUUUUGGUUGGUUACCUGGUGGGGGUCUUACCAAGAAGCUAUGAAGUACCUAGUCUACAAGAUAUAACACAGGACAAAUUUGCUCAGGGAAAUGUGCAGUUUCUUGGCUUUGAAUUUCUCAAAGAAGUUGAUAUUAAUACUAUAUCAAGCAAACGGUGUACCCAGGGCAAGCUAAAAAGCAAGGAAAACAGGGCCAAAAUCUCAUCCCAGACUUUGAACAGAUUCUUGUGUGUGAUACUAGGAGGGUUAGCAGCAGAGCACCUGGUAUUUGGAUACUCAGAAUUACUUCACUCAGAUGUUCAAAAGUUGGACAGAGUGCUAAGGUGGUUAUGCUACAAUGAGAAUGAAGCCGACUCUCUGGUAAGAUGGGCUAUACUUACCACUUUGUCACUAUUAAGUCAUCAUCACGAGGCUCGAUCAAGACUAGCAGAGGCCAUGAUUUCAAGAAGAUCAAUUGGCUAUUGCAUUGAUAUGAUAGAGAGCACUUUGUGAGACCAUGUUGUUUAGCCACUGACUUGGGGGACCAUAUGAUUUUUUUAACUCAACAAGUUCCCCUUCUCAUUGUUUUGCAGCAGUAGAAUAUGUCAGAAUACAUAAGAGGGGUUACUUAAAUAAUGUCACUCUCUAAUCUCUCAGAGAGCAUUAGAAACUAAGUUACAUUUACCCUAGUUGACAUCACCUGGCCCCGACUGCAGUGUUAUGGCCAAGUCCUUCAGAAAGAAGAAAAGAGUAAGUGAGGUCCAGUGGUAGGUCAGGAGAUCACAUGUGUGUUUGGUAUGAAUUUUUUUUUUUCAAUUUUUUCAAUUUUUGGUUGACUUAAAUGUUUUGAAAAAUAUUUUUCAAAUCAACUCAUUUUCCCUUCAGAAAUUAAGGAAAACAUUUUACAAAACUCUCCUUCCAUCUCAAGUUACAAUUUCUUUCUUACUUUGACCCUCCUCUUUAAAAAAUAAUAAUUAACCAUUUAAAAAACUAUUUUUGAAAAAUAGUUCAAAUUUUAAAAUUCUGAGUACCCCCACCCCUCUCCCCAUUUUUUUUAAAGUUUAUUUUUGAAAAAAAUUUA